AUUAUUAUAAAUUAUUAUCUUAUUGCAUCUUAUACCAAAAAAAAAAAUUAUUUAUUAAAACUCCUUACAAGAGUUCUUUAGGCAAAUAAAUAUGCAGUAUUGUUGUUAUCACUUUAUCAGAAAUUGUUUCAAGUCUCAAGUGAUAAAUAACGGGAAUUAUGUUUACCUUUACAAGUAAAAUAUGUAAUUACUAAUUAUCUUACUCAGUAGUCAGUACUAUUAUUUAUUUUAUACUUUUUAAAUUUUUUACUAGUAGAAACAGCAGUGACAUAUCUACAUAAUUAUUUUUGUUAUUUUAUGUAUAGAUAUAUUGUAUUAUAUACACACAUUUAUUUUUCAGUUUGUUAGCUUAAUAAAUAUUAUACAUUCAUUUUUAUAAACUUAAAGAUUUUAUUUAGUUAUAGCUUUUAUAAAAAUAAUAUUGUUUAGUACCUUUAUUUUUAUAAAGUGUUUAAUAAAUUUAAAUAACAUGUCUUCUACAACAUCCAGUAAAAUAACUGAUGACGUAGGGUCAGUCGCUGCAUUGCGUGUAGCUCUCCAAACAUUGGCAGAACGUUGUGAAAGGCUACAAUCUCGUUUAGACAUAGUCGAAAAAGAAAAUGUUACUAUAAAAAGUCACUGUACAUGUCAAACAGCCAACAACAAAUCUUCAGAAGUUAAUGUUCAAGAGUUAUCUAGUAAAAAGCAACAGUUGGUCGAAUAUUUAAAAAUAGUUACUAAUGAAAAUCGUACAUUGUGGACAACAUUGUCAACAUUAGAUAAUCCAGCAGUUCAAUCAAAUGAUAAAAUCAAGCCGAAAAACUCAUUAGCCAUCAUAGAUAACUAUUUAAAAUAUAAUGAUGUUGAUUUCAAGAUGAAUUCUAAUUGCAUUAUGGAUACCGGUGAUGAUUUAAUAAGUCUUCAGUAUAAUUCAGAUGAUGAAUCUUGGCCUAUGUUAUUGUCUGAACUCAAUGCAUACAAAGAAAAAUUAACCUUAGCUAAACAUUUACUUGCUGAUCAAAAUGAUUUAAUUUUUAAUGUCACUUCAAGAUUCAAUCUACUUGUUGAAGAAGUCAAAGUUAUAAAGCCAUCUGCAGAGUAUCGAGAUGCAGAAACAUUAACAAAUUCUACUUUUGAUUCCACUACACCUUGUAUUUGUGGAGUUCGUGCAAAACCAGAUAACCAUAGAAUAUGCCCUUUAUGUAAAUUAUACAUUGUGGGAGCUGAAGGCGAUAAAAUGUUUGAUAAAUUAGUUGAACAUGUAAGCAGUCAUUUUCCUGAUGAAGAACCUGAAACUAUAAUUGAUAGUUUAUCUGGCCACUAUUAAAAAUGUUGAAAGCAAUCAUUAAUCAUCGUUAAUAUAAAAAUAUUUCUUAUUUUGUUAA